AUUUUUGCCCCAUCGGUCGCUGAGGGAAACAUAAUUGCUGUCUCGUUCAUUAUGACACCUGCUGAAUGAAGAAGGCAAACUUUAGGUAAAUAUAUAAUGAAAAGUUGGCACUCGCCAGUCGUCAUCUUGCCAAAUGUACACACACCAGCAGUCAGGAAGCAAGAACAUCAACGUUUAGGGAAACUGCUACCUGAUGGCUGCGACCACAUGGUAUGCACAUAGGAGGAGAGUGGCGAGGGUAAAGUUAGGGCCCAAAUUAAAUGAAGAAUUAUCUCUGAAAAUGAGGUACACAAAUGACUGAAAGACUUUGAAACAUCUUCCCAGCUUCAGGUGUCAAUGAAGCCGUUCAGCAUCUUCAGCUCCUCCCCCUCCCGUGGGUGUGACUGUCACAGGAUGGACCAAUCAAACGCCUCUAUCAGCCCAUCACUGACUCCUUUGUGCAUCUUCUCCUCCUUCCAUCAAGCCCGUCACUCAGACUUGGAGGAGCAGCAGGAAGACCAAGUUGAAGGCGGCCAUGCAAAAAGCAGCAAUGCACAAUAACUUUUUGAUCAACUAGAAAGAUUUUUGAGGGCACAGGAGAGACUUUACUGAGGGAAACCGAAAGUGAGGAGCAAAGUUAAAAACGACGGGAGUAUUGAUCCAUUGAUUGAUUGGUUGCUUGUUAGUCAGAGCGACUGAAGGAUGGCAAACUCCGGACUCCAGUUGUUGGGUUACUUCCUAGCCUUGGGCGGCUGGAUCAGCAUCAUCGCCACCACGGCUUUGCCCCAAUGGAAGCAGUCGACUUACGUCGGUGACGCGAUCAUCACCGCUGUGGGUCUGUAUGAGGGUCUGUGGAUGAGCUGUGCUUCACAGAGCACGGGACAGGUCCAGUGCAAGAUCUUUGACUCCAUGCUUUCUCUCGACAUCCACAUCCAGACGUGUCGCGCCCUGAUGGUGUUGGCGGUGCUGAUCGGCCUAAUCGGCAUCAUCAUCAGCGUGGUGGGCAUGAAGUGCACAAAGGUUGGAGAUACCAACCCACCCAUCAAGAUGCGUAUCGCCGUGACGGGAGGGGUUCUCUUCCUUCUUGCAGGUCUGUGUACCCUGGUUUCAGUUUCCUGGUAUGCAGCUCAGGUGUCCUACCAGUUCUUCAACCCAAAUACCCCAGCCAACGCCAGGUAUGAGUUUGGCUCCGCCCUCUUUGUGGGCUGGGCCGCGGCCAGCCUGACGAUACUGGGCGGUUCCUUGCUGUGCUGCUCCUGCUCUAAAGACGACCUGCAAGGCCAGCAGUACUACCGCCAAUCACAGCCUUCAACGGCCAGGGAAUGAUGUGGUCCUGAAGGCCUCAUCAAGCUGUGACUUUCAGCGUUGACUCGGGCCGACCCGGAUGUGAAGAUUCUGGGAUUCCGGUUCCAGUUCCUCGUUUUGAUUCCAGUUCCAAACGAUUCUUGAUUCUUAUUCUUUUGAGAGGCAGGGAUUUACGAUUCAUUCCUCCCUGGGAUAUUUUCAAGCAACAUAUGAAUAUCAACUCUAAAAUAAAUGUUACUAAGUUUCUUUAGUGGCACUAGGUUUUGGAAAAAGAGGGGGAAAAUAUUUUUGGGGUUUUAUUGUGUUUUUUGUUUGAGGACAAACAUGACACAAACCUUCACAAUUGUUAGAACUACCACUGUUUAAUAUGUUUGUGUGUAUGCGUCACUGAUGACACUAUUUGGUGAACAUCGUUUUGUCCUACUAAAUUUUGGUGGUUCUUGAACUCACCAUAGAGUGGACUGUGACUCAACAGUUUGUUUACAUGUCAAAUCUUCCUCUCCUUUGUCUCUGUGGAGGGGAGCGUGGUCUGCGGACCUGCAGAGAAGCCGAGUGUGCCAGGACCGGCUUUGAGAUCAGCGACCGGUGCGCAGAUGGCCCAACUGGGCCUGGUUCUCUGAUCACCUGUCUCUCUCUUAAAAGGCAGCGGCUGGGGAGGAAAGAGGUGGUGGAGCUGGAGCAGGAGCCAGAGAGAGACAACAACAACAGACAAUUGCUGAAAACCACAAAAGAGACACUUUAUUGAAAAAUAAAAACUGUAUUGUGAACCUGAUCCAGGCUCUCAUGGCUUUGACUGGUGGUCCAUCUCUCGCUCUCGCUCCAGCUCCACCACCUCUCUCCUCCCCGGCCGCUGCCUUUUAACAGAGCGACAGGUGAUUAGAUAACCAGGCCUAGGUGAGACAUCUACGCACCUGUCGCUGAUCUGGAAGCCGGUCCUGGCACACCCCGCUCCGCUGCAGGUCCGCAGGCCACGCCCCCCUCCACAGUCUCAUUUUGUCCACCAAAGGUUUUAUGCUGUGCGUGAAUGCACAAAGGUGCGCUUUUUUUGAUGUUAUUGUCUUGUUGGAGUGGUCAGUGCAUGACUGCAAGCUAAUUGAUGCUAACAUGCUAAUUAGGCUAGCUGUAUGUACGUCUGGCUUCAUUGUUACUCAUGUGUAGUUAUAUCAUUUAAUAUCCUUUACUUGUAUCUUCUUUGUAUACAAUUUAUAUUUGCAUGUCUCAUGACACAUGAUCUGUAUGUAAUAUUGGCUGCAUUUCUGAUAGUUGUUUGUGUGCCAUGUUGUUCCAGACCACAGCAAACAUUACCUAGCUUGCCAAAGAUUGUAAUAAAUCUAUUAAAAGAA